AUGUCCCAAGAGCAGACCUCUGCUGCUUCGACGCCAACUCCGACGGGUUCCGUGCCCUACUACCGAGUGCCACCAAACUUCGGCGGAACCUCAGAAGAAGACGUCGACGUGUGGCUCAAGAACUAUAAGCGGCCAUCGGUCAACGCAGCUGAUCCCGAUGAAUACCGGGGCGCACGGCAGUCUGGGUUCUCACAUCGCACACCACCCACUUACGGACGGCGUUUCCGCUCGCCUGGUUACCGUCAACGAACGUCGCUUGGCUACGGUGCCCCUGAAGAGCGGCACUACUAUUCCAUGCCUUCUGAGAGGAGUGGUUACACUGAGCAGCCGCCUGUAUCUCGACCACAUCCGGUGUGCUACAACUGUGGUGUCCCGGGUCACAUCGCACGUUUUUGCAACCACCGCAGUCCAUAUCAGCGACAGCCUUCUCAGCCUUUCGACCGUCCACUCUACACGCCACGGCCACCACGCGCACCAACCGGAUUCCGCUACCCCUCGCCGGCUUCUGAUCGAAGCUUGACGCCGCCACCAGCUCCACGAGCUCCGCGAUCACCGUCGCCACGGCGACGCACGCGGUCACCGCCGCCGGAAAACUAG